UGCCCAAACAAAAUAUAAAUAGCUAUCGGCUCGCCCAAAAUCAAUUCUUAUUUUCAAAUAAAUUUACAUUGUAUUACUUAAUUUGUAUUGAAAAGUAACUCAGACCAAAUGACUCGAACAUGGGACAAAUUAUACAUGCGACUCUUACGACGACGCCUAUGCACACGUUUUUUAUUUAUGAUCAUAGUGUUUACGAUUUCCUUUUCAAUUUCUGUCUUAUUAUUCGGCGAUUUAAAAUCCCCUGUGGUGAUGCAUAUUACUGAUUUAGAUCGCUGCCCGGCCUGCUACGGUGUAUCCGUUUGUCCGGAACUGUAUUCUAACCAGAUAAUGUUGGAAAGCGGCAACCAUUGGUCUCGCAUGUUCAACGCUAAGAAUGUAUACUAUGGGUACACAAAAUCGAAUCGUCGAGUUGUUUUAAAGAAGUUAGCACAGAAUUGGGAGCUACAAGAGUUUGACUCGAAAUUGUGUAAGAGUUGGCAGUUAAAAGAUGACUGUAAGCCAAGAGAUUUGUUAAAUUUGAGUAACAUUAUUAAUAAAAUCAAGGAUUUGGUUCAUUAUAACUUCAGCUGGCCAGAUACAGAGCCAAGGAAGGGGCUAGUGUUCUGCCCGUACUCUGCAGGCAUCCUAGAUUUCAUAAAUACUAGUAACAAGAAAUUGACAGAAUCUAAAUCUGAUCUGAUCAAUAUAUGGACAAGUUUAAGCAUUAAUCCAGAACCCUUGAUAUUGAAGGUGAUCCCAAAAUCGAAAGGUUGGCCGGUCCCAGCCUAUGGAGGGGUGUGCGGCAGACUUAUUGUGGAGGCCCACGAGGGAGAACCCUUAGCAUCCCUGCUGCAUGUCCCCUGGCAUCGGAAACUGAAGUUUGCCAAGAAGAUCCUGGAUGCUGCUAUGGAUUUCACUUUUAAACAUGACAGAUUUCGCUUCUAUCUUAUGGACUGGUCUUUAGACAACAUAGUUGCCAAUGAAAAGGAUGACAUCUCUUUCGUUGACCUUGAAGAUGUUAUCAUCCUCGACAAACACAUCUACCCUGGAAAGGACCUCCCGUCCUGGUACCAACGGUACAGCCGAGAGAUCAUGGGCUCAGGAUUCACAUUUUCCAUCGAAAACAUGUGUAAACACCAUUUGAGUGACCAUAACCUUUGGGCCGCUUGCUACAUUUUAGCGGGAGAUGACAUGCCACUCUUGUAUCCUAUACCUAAGGAUGUCAAUGCAUAUAGGCCUUAUUUGGACAAGCUUUUGAAAGGCUGUCUGAACGGAGAGGAUAGGUUUAGCAGUAUAACCAAGCUACAACAUGUUGUUAAAGAGAUGCUUAUGGAUGAAAAAAUUGUUGGUACCACUGUGAGAUGAUAAUUGAAUUUAAGAGAAAUGUUAAUUCAAAUCAUGAUCUCAUUGAUGAUUGCUGUUGUUGGUAACUUAGGGGGCCUACUGCCAACAUCGAAUAUCGUUAUCUAUCUCUCUAGUAAAAGUACUUUUUUAAACUUUUCGAUGUUUCGGUAGGCACUCUGGCCCUGGCGACUCUGGCGUUGGUACCUAUAGUCUGUAUCUUUAGCUAUUUAAAUAAAAGUAAACAAACAAUUUGUAAAUUUUCGGGUAGUUAUAACAUUUAUUGGUUAACCGACCAAUUACAAAACCGCCUGGAUCUGUCACUGAACGACCUGACUUUAACCUACAUUAUUUGAUCAUGUAAUGUUUUCAUCUACCCUCAACUGGCUUAAGGAGCCAUUUGAAGGUAGAUUUUGUUUACUUUUAUUUUAAGUAGAUGUUAUGAAAUCGUUUAAGGAAUGUAAUGAAUGAAAUGCAAGGAUCAACUGACAAUAGAACAAUAUUUUAUAGUAUAUUAAUUUGCACUGUUAAUUUAAUACUCAUAAAUAUUCUGGAUUUAUUGAUAUAGUGGAUAUAGUGUAGGCAAUAUGACACUGUUACAGAAUUGGUUUUGAAUCUCGUUUAUUUUGAGUAUUUUGAGUUAUAUUGUGAUAUCAAUUUUGCUAUACAUAUAAGCAAGGUUCUUUACUGAUAUACUUAGUAUUUUGCAUUAUAUAAAAUUGUAUGAAAGCGAUAAUCUUCUGAAAUUAU